AUGCCGGGAAUUUACUCCAAGCCUCCCACUCGAAUAGAAUUUGCUUCCGAUAUUCGCUGCUUGGUGGCUGCCGCUGAAGAGCGUUUUGCUUCUGGGGGUUGUUGGGAAAGCCAUGUGCAUCUGUUAGUAGACGAAAUAGAAGCAGAAAGAUUGAAGGCAAGAGAAGAGGCAUUAAAUGAACAGGAAGAGGAAGAGCGACAGAAGGCACGAGAAGGCGAGGAGAAACUGAAGGCGACAGACUUGCGAUUGAAUGAGAACAAACAUACCACAGACAGCGAAAUAAAACAAACAAAUAAUAAAACAAGCAAAGAAAAGAUUCAGUUCCAGCAGCGCAUUGCACGAAAAGAUAUCGAUGUUGCUCAUGUCUUCUUCGAAUGCGGCAUCCAUCAAUUCUUCUGCAAAAUACUUCAAGAGAAAAAUUUAAAUGCUAAUUACGCUGUUUUACAGCGCAUCUUAGGGGUGUAUCAGUUGUUUUCACUGAUAGAGUUGGAUCCGUUCGAUGACGACUUGGGUGUAAUGUCUCUGUUAAAUUAUUUUUUAUGUGAACGCCAUUCAUAUUAUGUAGAUAUUAACUGGAAGGAUGCGGAGCUGCAGCACAUGCAGCAGUUUCUUUCUGCAUUUCUCUCUUUUGUUUCUUCUUCUAUCCGGCUGUAUACACCAACAUUUCUAUCUUCUCAAAGCACCAACUCUGAUGAUAGCCCUGGAGCUAUACAUACGCUUGAACAAGACAUUCUUAAACAAGAAACAAAUGAAAAAGAUAAUCUGCAACUACAACUCAAACUCAACGCAAUCAGGACCCUAUACGCAGCACUCCGAACUUUCCCCCCACAUCGUGUGGUUGGAGGGUUUGCGGUGUCGAGGAUGGCGUUUUGUUUUUCUCGCGUACGGUGUUUUGAAUUUAUAAAAAAUUUGCGCGAAUUAAUCGCCGCCAAUUUAAACCCUCAAACCGAACUCCUCCAACUGCUGCCUCAAACGGUUGCUGCUAUUGCUGCCUUUGGUAUCGGCCCUUCAAUUAGCAGGCGAGCCGUUCGCGCCGCUCUUUGCUGGUCUUCUACAGCGUUUGCUCUUCCAGAAGAAAGGUGCCCCUGCCGCUACUGCGAAUUCCACCGGCGUUUAUUGAAGCUGAUAAAAAAGCGAGAUGAAUUGGGAGUGCAGAAUGCAACAGAAGCAAAACACCAAAUUUGUUUUUCUCUUGUUCGAGGAGGCCUAUCCAACUUCCUCGUCGAUGUCCUGGAGGGCAUAAAAGCAACAAUGGCGGAAGACGAAUUUGCUGGCGAUAGCCUGGAGAACAUUUCGUGGAUUUUACUUUUAUGUUCGUGGGCAUACGAAGAUGUACAUCAAGGAAACAGCAUCCUCUCUGCUAAUGCCUUUAGCUUGACUAGAAUUCUUCUAGAAGUGCUGGAGGCAUUUUAUGCUUCCCCAGCAUCAACAGCAGCAGCAGCAGCAAAUCGAUUUUUUGACGAGGGGGCGUCGAGCUUGCUGCGGGUAGUUUUAUCUCUUGUUCUGCGUUCAAAAGAAAAAGAAAGAAAGUGUUUAAUUAUACUUUGCCGCGAGACGUUCAGCGCCAUCGCCAGCUGUCUGUACACCGCACUGCAGCAGAUACACCCCACAGUCGCAUGCACAAAAACAACAGGCAAAGACGAACAACAAAACGAAACACCGAAUGAAAACAUCUCUUCAGCCCCGCAUUUGUCUUCGCCAGUUGACAGCCCGGCCUUCGACUCUGCAGAGAAAACACUCAACGUCGCUCUGCUAAUCUUUGCGUUGUCUGAACUCCUUCUAGACCCAAGCACUAAUACUAAUACUCUUCAACACAAACAGCUGCAGCACCAGCAGCAGCAGCAGAUGCAGCAGAUGCAGCAGACGCAGCAGCAGCAGGGGAAGGAGCAGCAGCAGCAGAUGCAGCUGCACGAGAAGGAGCAGCAGCAGCAGCUGCAGGAGAAGCAGCAGCAGCAGCAGGGUGAUGGUGGUAUAAAUUCGCCCGUUGAUUUGCUGCUGCGUUCAUUAAAUGGGCUGACGUCGACAUUGGAGUGUCUGCUUCCUCGAUUUGAGGUUUUAAAAGAAGAGAAAAGAAAAGAAGAAAAAGAAGAAGAAAGUAGAAGGGAGAACAAAACAGAAGCAGCAGCAGAAGUGAUGCGACGCGCACCCCCAGAAGCCGUCGGCCCUGCUGGCUUCAACCCAAACGAAUUCUUUUUAGGCACCUUCGGGUUAAUGGCAGUACUUCUGGGGCUGCUGCAGCUCAAAGGAGUUGAACAACUACGAUGGAGAUUUGUCCCAAGCCCAAUUUCUGCUGCUUCUCCUGCUGCUGCUGCUGCUGCUCCUGCUGCUGCUGCUCCGGCUGCUGCUGCGGGGGCAUUCGCGUCCACAGCAAGGACUUUGCUCGGCCACUACCAAGAGAUUCAAAAGGAGAGAUGUGAGACAGUGAAGAAAUUCGCCAACUUUACUAUUCUCCGAUCAGAACAAGCAGCUGGGCUCGUACUGCGAGCUGCUGAUGCGCUGUGUAUUUACUUUAAGCUGAAGCAAUCGUUUAAAUCCCAAUAA